AUGGCCGGGCCAAUGGAAGAAGACGUCGCGACGCCCACUCUUUGCGGUUGUGGGGGAGCCAAUACCGGAGGCAUUAAUGGACCCAGGCCGCUGUUAGGGGCAGACCUCACUGAACUUCCGCCUUUGGUAAAGUGUCCCAAGGGGUCUAUAGGUCGAUCGGGAAGUCCAGGAUGUUUGAGUGAUCCGGGCAAACCUCCGACUCCGAGGUUCGCCAUCUGGACGGUUGGUGGGGCAGUUGGCUGGGCAACCCCUCUUGAAAGCGGGCCACUCGGAGGUGGUCCAAUGUGCUGCAGUCCUGGAACAGGUGGUGAGCCCGACAAAUUUGGGAACGACGGUAGCAUCAUGCUACCAGGAGCGCCAGCUUCGCCCCCCCCAGAGCUUUUUGGAUGCGCACUCGUGGACAUCGGGCCGAGCUGA